AUGGCGUCCUUGUCCUCUACACCAGUGCUUGAUCUCGCGCAAAUUAUCUCCAACGCUGCUCUAGUCAUCACCAAGUCGCAAUUACAGGAUCAAAUGGAGCAACCGUCGUCCAACCUUCAUGCCGCCACAAACGGUAUCAACGGGACUGUGAAGAAACCACGUCUUCCGGCAGCCCCGCCGACCAAGGAGCUGUUGGACGCAAAAGCAGAACUUAUACAGGCUGCUUCUGACCUCUCGACGCUGACUCUAGGACCGGCUAUGUACCUCAAGAGUCUAUCCUAUGGCUAUCACGACAUCACCGCACUGUCUGUCGUCCUCGAAUUUGGUAUCGCCACCGCCGUCCCACUUCACGGCGACAUCUCAUUUCAGGAACUCUCCCAAAUCGUAGGCUUCGAUGUUGGACGACUGGAACGCAUUUUGCGCUUGCUCUUCGUCCGCAAGAUCUUCACCGAAUCACGCCCGGGAUAUGUAGCGCACUCUACCGUCUCCGCAUAUUUGGCAGAGAACAAGGAACUUGCUGCAUUCCUUGGCCACUGCACAGGCGAAGCAUUCCCAGCUGCAUCAAGACUCACAGAUUCAAUUCGGCGAUAUCCAUACAGCGAAGGACCGGAUCAGGCAGGGUUCAAUCUUGCCCUUGAUACGCCUGAUCCGGUGUUCACCUUCCUGUCGAAGCAUCCGGAGCGUUUUCACAGAUUCAACCUCGGUAUGGCAGGAAUCAGCCAAACCAUUGGCCGUUCUCCAAAGCAGGUUGUUGAAGGAUGGGAUUGGGCCUCGUUGGGCAAGGCAACGGUCGUUGAUGUCGGCGGUGGCAACGGCCACAUCAGCGUCGCCCUCGCCCAAGCUUACCCAGACUUGAAGCUCGUUGUGCAGGACCUCGCCGACGCAGUCCAAAGCGGCGCAGAUACACUGCCUUCCUCGCUCUCCGACCGUGUCAGCUUUCAAGCCCACGACAUGUUCACCGUCAACCCUGUCGAUGGGGCAGCGGUCUACUAUCUGCGCCACAUCCUGCACGACUGGCCGGAUUCGCACGCAUUGCUGAUCCUCAAAGCGCUCGUGCCGGUUCUCAAGAAUGGUGCGAGAGUGUUGGUUUCGGACUCGGUGAUACCACCACCAGGGGUGUUGCAUGGUCAGGACGAGAAGUUUGUGCGGUAUUUGGACAUGCAGAUGAUGGUGCUGCACAAUGCGCGGGAGAGGACGGAGGAGGACUUUAGAAGGUUGUUCGAGCAGGCGGAUGCGAGGUUGAGAUUUCAGCGGGUUUGGAGGAAGGGGGAGAGUGUGGCUGCAAGCAAUAUCUUGGAGGCGAAAUUCAUUGAUGAUAGUGUCGAAAACGGCGUCUGA